CGGCCUCCUUCUCCUCGUCCGACUCGCUCCGCCUACCCCACAUCGCUCCAUCCACCACCCUUGCUUGGCACGCCAGUCAAAAGGAAAGCACGUCUGCAGGCUGCCCGAUCCUCUCUCCGCACCCCCAGUUGCGCGCUCAGACUGGCGCCCAAGCAAGGCCUCUCUCUUUUCCCCCCCUCCACACCGCGCCGCCCAUGUCGGCCGCUCCCUCGGCCAGCUCCUCGCGGCCGCGCUCGGGCUCGGCAAGCAAGCCCAAGCCGCCCAAGUACCCCUUCUACCUCGGCGGCGUGGCCGCCUGCUUUGCCUCGUUUGCGACGCACCCGCUCGACUGCAUCAAGAACCGCAUGCAGACGAGCCGCACGAAGCAGGGCAUGUGGGGCGCCCUCACCGACACGGCGCGCAACGAGGGCAUGGGCGGCCUCUAUGCGGGCCUGACGGCAAGUCUGCUGCGACAGAUGACGUACAGCGUGGUCAGGUUCGGCGCGUACGACUCGCUCAAGGCGCAGAUCCGGACAGAAGACGACGGCCCGCCCUCCAAGCCACUGCCGGCGUGGAAGCUGGCUGCGUGCGCCUCCGUCGCGGGCGCGGCGGGCGGCAUCGCGGGCAACCCUGCCGACAUCAUCCUCGUGCGCAUGACCUCGGAUAUGAACCGUGCACCAGAGAAGCGCUUCAACUACCGGCAUGCGCUGCACGGCGUGUACCGCAUGGUUUCCGACGAGGGCUUCUCGGCGCUCUUCCGCGGCAUCACGCCCAACGUGGCGCGCGCCGUGCUCAUGAAUGCCAGCCAGCUGGCGACGUACGACUUCUUCAAGCACUCGCUGCUGCACACGGGCUUCUACGAGGAGGGCACCUGGCUGCACUUUAGCGCCAGCUUCCUCGCUGGCACGGUUGCCACGACGGUGUGCAGUCCUGCCGACGUCAUCAAGGCACGCGUCAUGUCGGGCAACGGCGCGAGCGGCGGCACGAUUGCCAAGCUGCAAAAGGCGGUGCGCACAGAAGGCAUCGGCUUCCUCUUCCGCGGCUGGACGCCGGCAUGGGUGCGCCUCUCGCCGAAUACCAUCCUCAUCUUCAUCACGCUCGAGAAGCUGCGUCUGCUCAUCGACGUGGCGCGCGAGAAGCAGGGCCUGCCCUCGGCGCGCAACCCACAUCCCGUCGCCGACGUGGCCGACACCGAGAAGCGCUCCUAGUCUUUUCUCGCCUCAAUCCUCACUGCACCCGCCGGCCCCUGCACGUUGAUACUACACAGCGCCAGAACCUCCGCAUCGGCUCCGCCAAGCUGUUCGGGGCAUGCCCUGACGUCCAGUCUGCACUGCCUUCCCCUCUACCCCACCUUGAUCUCACCUCCUUCACUGCUGUCUACACCCACGAUGACCUCUCUCGCCGCGACCAUUCGCUCCUUCUCGCUUGCACUUCCUUGCCAGGGCACAUGCACGUCACUCGAAACGCCUCUUCUCUCGAUCUCGAUCUCUUGCACUAGAAAUACAUUGCCUCGCCU